AUGCAGGUGCAUCCAGGUGCUUCUAUCACACCUGAGCCACCUUCUUCAACACGACCAAGCAAAGAGCUGCUAAAAACACCUGCGAGUUUCUCCACGAAAACGACCUCAAACGUCGAUCAGAAGACGGCUUCCUUCACCCAGGUCGUGCGACCCAAAUCCACCAUCUCUUCCGACAAGGCCCGGGCACUGGCGCAGCAGGCACUAACCCCGGACGCACUGGACACCCAGAACAAGUUCCAGGCCUUGGAUACGGGAGCGGAGGACACCCCAGAAGUGGUUGAAGAAGACACACCAGGAGCUAAAGAAAAUGGCGGCUCAGAUGAAACGCUGGGAAGAGUGGCGAGUCCCAUCGCACAACUGUCCAAUGUGCAGGAGACCACCAAGCUGCCGGAGGUAGAGGGCAGCAACAACACUGAAGAAGAGUGGCAGUUACAGGUGAGUAAGAAGAAGAAGAAAGUCCUGUCAGCAGUGAAGGAGUCAGAAGCUCCACAGACCAGCGCUAAGGUGAAGCUCCUGGACAGACUACAGGCUGAUCUCCCAGGGUACUCCAGGGAACAGCUACUAGCCGCUGCCGCCGCAGUGCGCCGUGCGAGACACGGGACCCUCAGCAGCCUGCCCUUCUGUGUCAUCAGCUCCAUGGUCCAGGCAGAACUGGUCAAAAGCCACGUCCCUAGCAACCAGACCCCGCCUGGCAACCAGACCCCACCCAGCAGCCAGGUCCAGGCCACGCCCAGCAACCAGGCCCAAGCCACGCCCGGCAACCAGGUCCAGACCCUGCCCGGAAACCAGAUCCAGGCCACGCCUGGCAACCAGACCACGCCCGGCAACCAGGUCCAGGCCACGCCUGGCGACCAGGUCCAGGCCACGCCCAGCAACCAAGUCCAGGCCCCGCCCGGCGACCGGGCUACUGAAGCCACUCCACUCAGUAUAGAGGCUCAGGACACAGCCUGCAUCCAAGCUCCGACGGAAGGGAACCUGCAGCUUGCCCGUAGCCUGCUGCAGCUGAAGUACAAGACGGAAAUGUGCGGAAACUUCUCCAGCAGCGGGACCUGUCCUUUUGGCGACAAGUGUCUGUACGCACACGGGCUACAGGAGCUGCGCCGCUCGCCCAAACUGACUCCCUGUCCAACCAUGCAGCAGAAGGGAAACUGCCCUCGGGGUGACGGCUGUGUCUUCUCACAUCCCAAGAACGGCCAGAAGCGACCGUGUAAGCCCCCCGACCAGGCGAGACCUGCCCCUGCCGUGAGAGCUCGGACCUCCCCGACGGCCCGCAUGCGGCUGGUCGACCUGAAACAGAAGAAAGAGCAGCUGGAGGACAGGUUCGACAAGAGGAGGCCGCUCUGGCAAACCUUAGAGACCAGACAACCGUCGCAGUCCCUUGACGCCGACGUCUGUGCCAUCUGCGUGGACGACCUGUACGACCUUGCGGGGUCGUGCGUGCGUGUUCUGGACUGCGGGCACCGUUUCCACGACUCGUGCGUGUCACGCUGGCUACUGAAGGAGGAGCGGACCUGCCCCUGCUGCCGACAACUCACCCUGCUGCCGGAGGAGUUCCCACGUCUGAAGUAACCCACGUUUCAAGAAACCCACGCUUGGUGACCCACACUUGAAGUAACCCAUGGUUAAAAUGACCCUUGGUGAAAGUAAUCCAUGGUUGAAGUAAUCUAUGAAUCAAGUCAUCCAUGGUUGAAAUGACUUGUGCUUGAAGUAACCCACGCCUGAAGUGAUCCACGCUUGAGUGACCCACGCUUGAACAUGACCCAUGCUUGAAGUGACCCACGCUUGAAGUGACCCACGCUUGAAGUGACCCACACUUGAGUGACCCACACUUGAAGUGACCAAUGUUUGAAGUAACCCGCGCUUGAAGUUACCCAUGCUCCAAGAGACCCAUACUUCAAGUGACCCACGCUUGAAGUGACCCAUGCUUGAAAUAGCCCAGGCUUGAAGUAACCCACGCUUGGAGUGACACUAACCUUAAGUGUUGGGCAGCUGGAUUAUAGAAGUAAUAUUCAAGCCAGUCAAACCCCAGAAUGUACAUUCCAUUAAAAGAAUAGAUAUUGUAUUACUUACACUCAGGAAAGCUUCUUCAUAAGAAGUAGAAUGAUUGGAGCAAGUUAAACUAGUAGAACUUAUUUCAGGAUUGCAAGAUUGAAUCAAAAUUUGGGCUUAGAAUUGAUAGGUAGUGUAUCUCUGUUGCUGCUACCUGACUUAGUAAGCAAUGAAAAUAAGUGCCAAAAGGCUACUAUAUGAAGUGCCUGUUCCUGAGAAGGAUAGACGUAGUCAUUGUCUCAGAGUAAAUAUGUUAUUUUUUGGACCAAACCAUGGAAUGAAUGUUAGUAAGAAAUGUUCCCUUUGUAAAUGUAAACACUAAGAACUUAGGGAGAGACAAUAUGUCAAAAGCAAUGGGAGAUUGAAAUUUGUCAAAAUCAAUUUCCAGAGCAUUAAUAGAAAUCUUGAGCCUAAGAUGCACUUUAUUUAAGUUGCAAAAAUGCAUCCACUAGUUUUUCACCAUAUUCUGUGUAGUAUGUAGUGAUAGUAACAGUUGUUACCGUAGCGAAUAGAUCUGAUGUUCUAAUAUGUUUCUGUUCAUUUAAAUUCCUCUGUUUUUUCAAGAGCAUUAUUUAAUUGCUGUUGCCACACGCCUAUCUUAGUAACAUGGCAGCUACUAGUAUAUAAAAUUGAUGUACCGAAUGUUUGCCCCAUUCCUAUGGUUGAAAGAGUCAGGGAUCAGAAGAUAUGCAAACAUUCAAAUAGUUCUGUAUGUGGUACAAGAAGCAAUAUGUUUUGGUGUAGAAAUUCCUUCCAACUGGCCUGUGGCUUGAUACAAAGACAAUGAUGUUGGAACUAGUGCAAGGCACAAGUACACUGUAGAAAGCAGUUCACAGUAGCAAAUGUUUUUGGAUGUUACGUUUUGCUUUUGUAU